AUGUCAAGGACUCGCAAGCACAAGACUACAGAAGGACAGACAACAACACAACAAGACAUAGAAUACACAAAGACGCGUCGCCCUAGUGCCCAGCAUCGUGUUCCUGAGAAGCAGAAGUCUUUCGACGAGAAGCUCAAGAAGCUCAAGAAGAAGAAAAAGAACAAGGCUGCUAAGGCUCUCAAGCCUAAAACGAUUCCAUCCACGACCGAAACGUCGAAUGAGCCCAUGAAGGGUUUGAAACCAAGCGGCAUUUCGAAUCACCUGCUGUGUUUCAUGUCGGAAAACGCCACGGACAAGAUGCAGAUGCCGGCGGAGUACUGCACCCAUCUUGUCUACAAGGACAUGACCUUGAGCAAGCAGAGUCAUACCUUUGUACCAGUCAAAAACGGCACCGGCUUCGACGAGUUCAUGUCCCUGCGCGAGCGCUUUGUGACGACCAAAUUCGUGGUGUCCCUGAGCGCGGCGAUGGUGCGCGAGCUGCUGGACUACACUGACAGGGACGAGCACAGCCUGGCGGCCAUCUCAACCCAGCUGGCCAAGUGGAUCUCGCAAAACGAACUCAACGGCGUCGCUUUCUCGGGACAGCUCAUCACGAGCACACGACACAAGAGCAUGAUGACGGUGCUCAAGAACAUACAAGAUGCCUUGAGACAGCUGGGAGAACCUAAACCUGUUCUUAUCUUCUCUGGAUACGCAUCGCACGACCAGUACUCGCAGAAAAUUAUGCUGGACAGAAGCAAAGAUUACCUCCGCAUCGUAGACAUCUUCGUGAUCGAGACCCACUAUCACGAAGAGGAGCAGUUCUGCAGGCUCGUCUACCCGUCCAUCUUCGUUCGGGUCGACGACACACCCAGCAGCAUUCCUGUGAAAUCUGCUCUUCUCUGGAUGGAGAUGGUCAAGGAGGACGACAGCCUGAACGGGACGCACAACAUGUGCUUCUCGCUCGACAUGUCCACCAUGUCGUUCGACGUGGCUGCCAACAGCCGGCCUACAGUCGGCGGAUGGUGCACGGGCCGCAAGUGGCUCAAUUACGGACAGAUGUGUGGUUCGAAUAUGUGGGUCACGCCCGACGAGGACCGCGUAGCCCUGUCGACUUCCAGGCGCAAGCCGCAGACGUGGCUCUCCUAUGACAGCGAGGACGCCAUCGUGAAAAAGGCACGUCAUCUUCUUCAUGCUACUUGGGCAAUUAUAAAGAUGUGUCACCAUUAA